UGAAGCGGCAAGUGCACUUUGAACAAGUGAAACUGUUUGUCUCUUGCAUACAAAUCCGUAUCACUUUUGUAGACUAUAUAUCUUGGAACUUGCUACCUUCAAAAGCGACUUGUUUUUUUUAUACAUUUCAUAUUUUAAAUAAUCGAUAUAGGCUAAACUGGGAUGUCUGACUGCGAUAUUUCUAGCGGCUUUCUGCAAAUCAAUGAUCAAAGCCGUUUUAUGCUUCAAAGAUGCGAGAGCUCUGGUGAUGAAGAUGAUGACUGGAGACUAAAAAGAAGGGACAAUAACAGGGUGGCAGCACAGAAGAGCCGAAAAAGACAGACACAGAGAGCAGAUGAGCUGCAUAAGGCAUAUGAGUGUCUGGAUCAGAAGAACAGGCGGCUGAAGAAGGAGGUACAGUUUCUGUCUGAGGAGCAAAGGCGUCUGACUGAGGCACUCAAGGCCCAUGAGCCUCUCUGUCCAAUCAGGCACUGUGUUCCCACCCUGGGGUCAGGGCCCUGGGAUGUAGGGGUCCUCUCCAGUCUGCCCAGAUAGCCACCAUACCAUGCAAAGACUACAGAGACAAACCAACAUGGGAGACUUGUAAACAGUUAACAGGUCAGAUUAUGCAUGUCCUCUGUCCUUUGUACUCUCUGUGUCAAUUCGUUUUGUAUAGCUUGAAUCAAGUUGUAAUCAAAUAAUUAUAGGAUGAAGUAAUGAGCUUUGUUUCAGAUGUUCAAAUUGCUUGUCCUGUUUAAAAUGUUUUGUAUAAGAAAUUGCAAAUACAUUGCAUAUCCCUCUCCCUUUGAGUCUGAUAAAUGUGGUUACCGUACCUUUUAAUCACUUGUGUUUUUGAACUGGUUUUCCGGUAUCUGGGUUUAGCCAUGUGGGAACUUCUCCUUUAGCAGAAACAAUAAACCAUACAAUUUUUUGGGGGGGUUUCCUUAUUCCCUACUCUAAAACAAGUUAUACACUGGCUAUUACUAAUGUAUUUAUGAAUUUCAACACUUAAUUGAUAAAUUAGAUAAUCAAAUCACUUAAUCCAAAGAUCAGAUGUAGAGUAAUAUUACAUUUUUUGGUUAACUCAUGUUAUUACAUUGUUGAGGUUACCCACUCUCUCUUCCCUAUAAUGUGGGUAAACACUCACUAACCUCAUGUCUUCUCAUACAUCUAAAAAAUGUGUGAUGUUGAAUAAUGUUGCAUUCUGGUCAACAUCAAUGAUCUACAGUACGUUAUGGUCUAUCUUGAUGACAUGACUGCAGGCUUCUCUCAAGCGUUAUUAUGGAUGGUUGUAUACAUUCCCAGUAGUCUAGUAUUUGGCAAGGCUGUUUCUAAGAAAUGCAGGCUGACCAAUGAGAGAAGUGAAAGACUCUCCAGCCACACAGGCAGUGCUUUUCAUACCAGAGGAAUCUAUUGACUUCAGUGUACUGUAUUUGAGGGAGAUUCUGGUGAUUAUCAUAAAGCCUUUUGUGUGGAUCA